AUGGAUAUAGAUACAGAGUAUUCUAAAAUGCCACCUAUAUUUAAAAUGGAUUUGUAUGAAAAUUGCUUAACAAAACCAAAUGGUAUUUAUUGCUUAGCAGAUUUUGUGUUAGUAACAGAUACGGAAAGUGAUCUAUUGAACUUUAUCCAGGACUAUUCAAGCAACACACAAAUGCAUUUUAAUCACACGAGAUUGCGUCAUGGCGUUUGUGUUACGGAUAGGUGCAGUCAAUUUGUACACAAUACAACAAGAGAGGACCUCAAGACGACCCUUGAAGGAUGCCUAAAUGCCUCGUACUGGAAAAACUAUAAAUUGAAGACAAAAGUAUCUGACCCCAUGUAUGGUAAUUUCUGGAACUACAUAAUCCUCAAUGGAACCCUCGUUAUCCAGAUAUUCUUCAUCAUGUCCGGCUUUUUGUUAGCAUACAAAAUGGAGGUGAUUGCUGCUAAAGUAAAUCUUACUUGGAAGAAGAUCCAUGUGGGAAUUUUACUCAUUUAUAUAAGGUUAACGCCUCUAUAUGCAUUUGUGUUAUUAUUCUCCAUAACUUGGUUAAGAUUUUGUGGAUCAGGCCCACUAUGGCAGAUGGCAGUUGCUUCAGAAAUUGAGGAUUGCCGAAGUUACGGGUGGACACAUUUAUUGUUCAUAAACAAUUAUUUUGAUAACAACCGAUGUAUGGUUCAAACUUGGUAUGUCGCAGCAAACUUUCAGCUACUUGUUUUAGGAUAUAUUAUUUGUGUAUUGGCAAAGACACCCACUGCCCGAAAAACAGUUUUCGGCAUUGUUUUCAUUAUUGGUGUUAUUUUGCCAGGCGUUCAUACGUAUUACCAAAAUUUGGAUGCAGUUAUGUUAUUGUCACCAGAAAUUAUAAAUACGUUUAGCACUCUGCCAACAUUCAACAACGUCUAUAAGAGAGGCCACACGAAUAUACCAAACUUCAUUAUGGGCAUCGCCUUGGGAUACUAUACUUAUAAUUGUCAUAAAAAUAAUAUAGACAUGGAAAAAUAUAAGAUAAUAGUUUCACAGAUUAUAAAGGCCCUCUAUGCUGGUUUUAUUAAGCCUAUAUUUGGUCUAUGUAUAUGUACUAUGAUCUUCGGGUCUAUAUUUAAAAUUGAAUCUUUCACAAGCUUACUUCACUGGGACGGUUGGCAGAUUCCAGCUCAGCUAACGUACAGCGCGUAUAUCAUCCACGUGCAUUUGAUAAGGGUUAUGGCUGGGAUUGGAACAACUCUAAACGAUGUCAAUUAUAUUUAUAUGCUGCAAAUAGGUUUUGGUACGAUAUUACUAUCGUACUUAAUAUCAAUACCAUUUUGGGUGCUUGUGGAGAGACCGUUCGCAGAAUUAUUGAAGCUACCAUUUACCAUCAGAAAUGAAAAAGAAUUGGGAGCUGCUCCAGGAAAUGGUAAUGACGAUGAUUAG